AUGGACUCUGGCGAUGGCCAGAGAGACUCGCCGCUCUCAAUAACCUCCAAUAUUGCAGGCAUUUUGACAUUUGUCGUUGCCAUUGCGGCAGCAUUCUACGCCCGUCUCACAUAUCUACGGAAUAGUGAUGACGAGUUCUUCCGCGUCAAAACGUCUUUGUCGUGGUAUAAGACCGAAUCCACAUGGCUGGCAGAUCUUGUAACAGCCAUCAAUGCCCAGCAUGAAGGCUUCCAUUCGCAUCAGCCCGAGUAUCAGAUGUAUUCCUUUGUAAUGGACGACCUGCUUAAUCUUGAACAGCGUCUGCUGGACAUUGUUGCUGAGACGGAGGCCAAGUCGAGCAUGAGCGACGAUGGUGAAAGCUGGACACUCAUGCCACGGGGUUGGAGCGGCCGCACAACAGUAGCCAUGGCUUGGUUACGGGUGCGAACCAAGGCUCUGGAGCUAGUCAGACAGCGGGAAGGUCUAACAGCAAGGGUGCAGUUCAUGCAAAUGAGUAUGAUCUCCUCUCGACUGCGGGACCUUGAAUCGAGGACGAAAUGGCGAGAAAUGAAGAUGGAUGAGAGUUCACGGAAGCUUGAAUCUCUAAUUGAGAACCAAAGAGAUCGAAUUCAUCGGCUGGAAGACCUCGUACGACGGUGGACACAUCGUGAUCAUUCUAGUCUUUCACGGGCCGGGACGUUGACGGAUCCUGAGGUCAAAGGUGUAGAAUGGGCAGGUUCAGUGGAUGGUGACGGCUCUACAGCAAUAUCUGAGUCAGCAGACGCAAUUCCAUCGAGGAGGUCAGCCAAGCAAUGA